AUGGUGGAAGAACUGGGCAAGAAAAAGUCUGAGCAGUACUGGCCGAACGUCGCGGGAGCACAGAAGGUAUAUGGAGCCUACACCAUUCACUGCACAGCCGUCGACUCGAGUGACAAGCGCAUCGUGCACACAUCGCUUCGGGUUGAGGAAAACGGGAAAGAAGUCUGCUCCCUCAAGCACUACCAAUGGAUUGAUUGGCCUGAUCGCUCGGUCCCACACUCACUGUUGGCCGUGUUCCGAUUGCUUCGUUUCUCGCGCAACUCCCGUUUCACCACCGUCGUGCACUGCUCGGCUGGGAUCGGCCGUACCGGAGCUUUCGUCGCCAUCGAGAUGAUCCUCCAGCGGUCGGUGAGCUCGGACAGUGUGAAGAUGGUGAACGUCGUCAAGCAGUUGCGAGGGAUGCGUGCCUCGGCCGUCCAAACCGACAUGCAGUACGUGUACCUGGCCAUGUCGAUCGUCAACUAUUGCAAGGAAGUCGGCAUCAUGAAAUCAUCAUUUUUCGAGGCGUUCAAUCGAUUCAAGGAGUCCUACGAGUCGCUGGCGCAGAAACGGCUCGCCGAGGAGGAGGCAAAGAUGCGCGGGAUGGCCAACGAUAUGGAAAUUAUGGAACGGCACAUCGAAGAAAUUACCAAGGAAUUGGAGCGGUGGGAUACGCAGUUAGAGAAAUACGAGGCCCGAAAGGAAGAGAACAUCGAAAAGCUGUAUGAAGAACCACUGCCGGCUGAUUGCGCCGACGGUAUACCCCAAGUUCGUACUACUCGCAUCUUGACAAACCAAUGCUUGGCGAUGUAUCACGGCAGCAAGGAACUUGUACGCGUCAAGCAGGAAAACGAACAGCUCGAGACUCGUGCCGAAGAGCUACACAAAGAGGUGCAGGAAGUCGACGAGAUUACACAAGAG